AUGUCGCGUCGGCAGCAGCUAAGACCACGCGUACAUUCAAGGGCUCGUUCGCAGGCGCCCGAGGGCUCGUCCGCUCCGGAGCCCGCCGCCCCCGCCGAGCCGGAGCCCCAGGCGGCUUCCGACGACGAGAAGGAAUGGCGCCCCUCGCGGCCCCCCUCCCCGCCGCAGCAAGACGCCUCCGAGGGCUCGGAGGCCGCCCGCCCAGCCCGGCCGGAGCCGGCGAGCCGCUACGCCAACCUCAACUACUGGCGCGCGCGGCGUGUCACCUUCUACAGGAACGGUGACCCGUACCACCCCGGGGUGGAGUUCCGCUUCAAGCCCGGCAGGGACCUUGUGUCGAUGGACGCCCUGUUGGAUCGCCUCUCCGAGCGCCUGGAGCUGCCUAGGGGCGCCAGGUUCAUCUUCGGCAUGGACGGCGACCGCAAGUACAGGCUGGAGGAGUUGGAAGACGGCGCCUCGUACGUCGUGUCUUCAUACAAGACGUUUAAGCGCCUCAAGAUGGUAUUCGAGCCAGCAGGAGUAAGGGCCCAGCCAGACGAGGCCGCGGCCUUGCGAGAUGUGGGUCGGAGGAUAAGCCCCACGCACCGUCGUCCCCAUUUGCAU